CUUACUUCCGGACUGUGCGUUCCACAUACAGGAAGUGAGUUUUCAUCGACUGCUUGCUGCCUCGCAGUGUACGUGGAGAUCAGGGUUACACAGUAGUGAAGAAGAUAUCUGGUGAGUGUGAGACACCCAGCAGCCAUCCUCGUGUGUCAGGCGGACUAAGCACGACCCACAGCCCCAUCACAGUGCCUCCACCUCACUCACUGAUACAUGAGAGACACAGUGACGAGAAGAUCCUGGAACUCACCAACAAGAUCAUUCAGCUGCUGAAAGGAGAGGAGGUGGAGUAUAUAGAGGAACACAAGGGUCUUUACAUGGACGUGAUGAUGGAGAAUCACCGGCCCCUCACAUCACUGGAUGGGCCCAGUAACAGAGAUACCCCAGAGAGAUGUCCCCGUCCCCUGUAUUCCCAGGAUUGUACAGAGGAGAAUCACAGGAUCCCACAGGAGGAUCAGGUAGAACGUCUGUCUAAUAUUAAAACAGAAGAUACAGAGGGAGAAGAAGAGACGUAUGUGACUGAUAUAAAGGCAGAAGAUAUAGAGGGAGAAGAAGAGACGUAUGUGACUGAUAUAAAGGCAGAAGAUAUAGAGGGAGAAGAAGAGACGUAUGUGACUGAUAUAAAGGCAGAAGAUAUAGAGGGAGAAGAAGAGACGUAUGUGACUGAUAUUAAAACAGAAGAUAUAGAGGGAGAAGAACAGACGUAUGUGACUGAUAUAAAGGCAGAAGAUAUAGAGGGAGAAGAAGAGACGUAUGUGACUGAUAUGAAGGGAGAAGAAGAGACGCAGGAAGAGCAGUCAUUUGAGAGCCAGGAAUUGGCUGCAGCGGAGCGCGUCCUCGGGGACCCACACGUUUUUGAAGAGGCUGUGAUCCACAGGUGGAACGCACGCUGCUGUAGCUGGAACGCACCCACUUCCGCCAAUGCGUGUCAUUUCCUGUCAGCUGGUCCCGCUGUGGAAAGCACAAGGCGGAAGUGGUGUAGACGUGACCCGCACAAUGCAGACAUGAUAAUCAUGCAGUGUUCUGAGUGUGGGAAAUGUUUUGUAUGGAAAUCACAACUUGUUAUACAUCAGCGAAGUCACACAGGUGAGAAGCCAUUUCUAUGUCCUGAGUGUGGGAAAUGUUUUGCACAGAAAUCAGAUCUUGUUAGUCAUAACCGAAGUCACACAGGUGAGAAGCCAAUUUCUUGCUCUGAGUGUGGGAAAUGUUUUACCCGGCAAUCACAACUUGUUAGACAUCAGCGAAGUCACACAGGUGAGAGGCCAUUUCCAUGUCCUGAGUGUGGGAAAUGUUUUACACGGAAAUCACAACUUGUUAUACAUCAGAGAAGUCACACAGGUGAGAAGCCAUUUCCAUGUUCUGAGUGUUGGAAAUGUUUUGCACACAAAUCAGAUCUUGUUUUUCAUCAGAGAAAUCACACAGGUGAGAAGCCAUUUUCUUGCUCUGAGUGCGCGAAAUGUUAUACUCAGAAAUCACAACUUGUUAGACAUCAGAGAAGUCACACAGGUGAGAAUCCAAUUACUUGCUCUGAGUGUGGGAAAAGUUUUACACGGAAAUCACAACUUGUUAAACAUCAGAGAAGUCACACAGGUGAGAAGCCGUUUCCAUGUUCUGAGUGUGGGAAAUGUUUUGCACAUGAAUCAUAUCUUAUUAAACAUCAGAGAAGUCACACAGGUGAGAAGCCAUUUUCUUGCUCUGAGUGUGGGAAAUGUUUUACACAAAAAUCACAUCUUGUUAGACAUCAGCGAAGUCACACAGGUGAGAAUCCAUUUCCAUGCUUUGAGUGUGGGAAAGGUUUUGCAGACAAAUCAGCUCUUGUUAUACAUCACAGAAAUCACACAGGUGAGAAGCCAUUUCCAUGUGCUGAGUGUGGGAAAUGUUUUACACAGAAAUCACAACUUGUUACACACCAGAGAAGACAUACAGGUGAGAAGCCAUUUUAAUCUUCUGGAGUAUACUUAUCAUUGCCAUGCGAUGUUCUUCAAGGUUCUUAUCCUACCUCCUGUGCUUUUUUCAAUAUACAUGCUACCACUGGGUAUAAUAAUCAGAUGUCAUGCCAUCAUCUACCACUGCUAUGCAGAUCUGUCUUUUGCUCCGCGUACUGAAAACCCAGUACCAAUCCUAAAUGUCUAGCUGAG